AUGAGUGACGCAGAUGCCUCAACAACCGCCGGUCUUACAGGAACCGGCACCGGCGGAGACUCUCUCACCGUCGAUCUCAACCAACAAUUUGAUCGUGCAGAUAUGGCCUGGAUCAUGGUCUCAAGUGCCCUUGUAUGGAUCAUGAUUCCAGGUGUUGGUCUUCUUUACUCAGGUCUUUCACGUAAAAAGAAUGCUGUCUCAUUACUAUGGAUGUCAAUCAUGGCAGCUGGCCUCAUUGGCUUUGAAUGGUUCUUUUGGGGUUAUUCUCUUACCUUUUCUCACCAUGGUGGUGCUUUCCUCGGCAAAAUGAAUAACUUUUGUCUUAUGGACGUUCUAGGUGCUCCCUCUGUUGUCACAGCUCUUCCUGAUAUCCUCUUUUGCUUCUACCAAGGUAUGUUUGCUUGUGUUACCGGUAUGAUUAUGGUAGGUGGUGCUCAUGAACGUGCUCGUUUGGGUCCCAUGAUGGUAUAUCUUUUCAUCUGGAUGACCAUUGUUUACUCUCCAGUUGCAUGCUGGACUUGGGGUCCUAAAGGUUGGCUUGUUGUUCUUGGUUCUCUUGAUUAUGCUGGUGGCGGUCCUGUCCACAUGGCUUCUGGUGCCGGUGCAUUGGCUUAUGCUUUUGUAUGUGGCAAACGUAGAGACCCCUCCACUGAUUCAAAUAAGCUCCCCACUUUUAAGCCCCACUCGGUCACAUCUGCAGUUUUCGGAACUGUAUUUUUGUGGUUUGGAUGGUUUGGAUUUAAUGGUGGUUCCACUGGUAAUGCAUCUAUUCGCUCUGCUUAUGCUCUUUUUAAUACUAAUUUGGCUGCUGCCUGUGGUGCCAUUACUUGGCUUCUUGUUGAUUACUUCCGCUUUGAGCGUAAGUGGACUACUAUUGGUAUGUGCUCCGGUGCUGUUGCCGGUCUUGUAGGCAUUACUCCUGCUGCUGGCUUUGUUCCAGUUUAUUUUGCUGUGCCUAUUGGAAUGGUCACUGCCAUUGGUUGUAAUUAUGCUACUUCUCUUAAACACUUGUUCCGUAUUGAUGAUGGUCUUGAUGUGUUUGCCCUUCAUGGAGUUGGUGGAUUUUUGGGUAGUUUUAUGACUGGUUUAUUUGCUGCUGACUAUGUGGCCGCAUUAGAUGGUACUGAGAUUAAAGGUGGUUGGAUUAAUCACCACUGGAAGCAACUGGGUUAUCAGUUGUCAGGUUCAGUAUCAAUUUUGGCCUGGUCUUUUGGCAUUUCUACAACUAUUUUGAUGGUCAUGAACCGAAUUCCAUUUUUACAUGUUCGUUUAGAUGAAGAUAAGGAGAACUUGGGUAUUGAUUUUACUGAGAUUGGUGAGCAGGAUGAUGACCUUGAGGAGAAGGGUCUGGAUACACCUGGUAUUGCAGGUAUGACACCUAUUGACCAAGGUGCCAUUACACCUGGAAUCAAUACACCUCCUGGUGGUGGUGCUGCUGGUGCUGGUGCUGCUACUGGUAAAAGUUCUAGUGAUCUUGAUACCAAAAAGGCAGAAGAGUAA